AUCUGAAAGCCCCAAGUUUUAACAAUGUCUGCGCCACCAACCAAACAGGAGCGACAAAAAUGUUACUUAGCCAGGGACGCUCAUUUCAAGUGUCUAGAAGAACACAAUGAUGAUAUAUACAAAUGUACAAUUACAUUAGCAGAGUUUGAGAAAAAUUGUCCUAAAAUGUGGGUAAAGCACUUUGAACGGACUCGGGAGCGAUUGCUGUUAGACAAAUUACGACAACAGGGAAGGGCAGCUUCGAACUCCUGAUAUUUAUAAAAUAAGACAAUCAUCGUUGUUCUGCUUCUUACAUCAUACAAAUGUUUUACACUGAAAAAGGAUCUUCAAUCUGUGAGUGGAAAUAGAAUUAACUAGUUGUGUUGAAGUAUGUACGUCAUACCUGUUAUAGACAAAUUGCUAAAAUGAUGUAAAGCAGUUACUCAAAAUACACAAAAUAUUGCAUCUGCAUCUAUAAUGAGAGCAUGCUGAAUAUACUGCCAGACUCUUAUCCAUUUUCUUGUUUUGGACUGUGAACGAUGGCUGGAUUUUGUUUACAUUACAAAGUAGUUCCUAUGUCUACAACCAUGAUUUCCAAGGAAAGCUGACACAAAUAAAUGUGUUUGUACAAUGAAAUAUAUUUUAAACUGUUCCGUUAGAGGUCCAUGUGCAAGAUCAGUCAGGACUUUAGUUUAAACAUAUUAUUUUAUUUCAGAAAUUCAUGAAACAUUUACAAAAUUGGACGGAAAGCUAUAACAGCUUACGGUUGUCCUCAGGACGUGUUUCUUUUUCCUGUCAAGCACAUGUUCCAGAAUUAUAAGUGAAGGAUACUGUCAAAUCAGAUAUUUUCGUGAGGCAAAAAGUUGCUAUCAUUUAAAAAGGAAUUGAUUUGCAUGGUAAAAUAUAAACAGUAAUUAUAUAGCCAACUUGUUUAAUAUAAUAUAAAAUUUAGAACAAUGAGAACACUUACGCAAGUAUUCAUGACCGACACUUAGCGAAAAUAAAUCCCUCACAAAAAUGUAUGAUUUUACAAUAUUCUUAAGGAUGUGACACAUAAAUGAAAAGUAUUAUAAAAGAAAGAAGAAUGUUUCAUAAUUAUAUUUACAAUUUUAUGUACAUGAUGUAAAACAUUAACAAAUACUUUGUACUGAUACAUUUUAUAAAUAAUUAAUAAUUAUACCUCUUGAACAUUUCAUCUUUUGCAUAAAUUAAUUUUUUUUUAACAAAA